AGAGAUCCUAAGCAGGCAAGAAGCUAGUGACAGAUCAAAUAGAAAGAGAAAAGUGUAGAGUUUGUAAACCAUGGCUGAUGUCCAAGACCACGUCAUUCUGUUCCUCAUCUGGCUCAUAUCUUUCAUCCUGGCCCAAGCCUUGUUCACAAAAUACCGGACCAGGGUGCGACGUCCACCGGGUCCACUAGCACUACCUAUCAUCGGACACUUCCACCUCCUUGGCUCAAAACCUUACCAAUCCCUUCACAAACUCUCACUCCGCUAUGGACCGCUUUUUCAAUUCUACUUUGGUUCCAUCCCUAGUGUGGUAGUUUCCUCCGGGGAGAUGGCAAAAGAGUUUCUCCAAACCCAUGACAUUUCAUUUGCCAACCGACCCAAACUCAGCAAUAUUGAUUAUCUAUUCUAUGGCUCAAAUGAUAUUGCCUUUGCUUCAUAUGGACCCUAUUGGAAAUUCAUGAAAAAACUUUCCAUGACCAAACUUCUAGGUGUCCAAACACUAGAGAAAUUUGUCCCAGUUAUGAGAGAAGAGAGACAUCUAUUUUUGCAGACACUACUGGGAAAAGCUGAAGCAGGUGAGGCGGUUGAUGUAAAGAAAGAGAUUACGAGGCUAACAAACAACUUAAUAACAAAAAUGAUCAUGAGACACAGAUGUUCUGACAGCGAAGAUGAUGCUACUGAAGUGAAGGAGUUGAUGACAGAGAUGAUGAAGCUCAUAGGCAGUUUUAACUUGUCGGAUUUUGUCUGGUUUUGUAAGAAUUUAGACCUACAGGGGUUUAAGAAGAGGGUCAAAGAAGCUCGUGCAAGGUUUGAUGCAAUAAUGGAAAGGGUCAUGAAGGCUCGUGAAGAAGAAAGGAGGAAGAAGAGGGACAUGAAUGAUGCAGGAGUCGCAAUGAAUGACUUUCUUGAUAUUUUACUUGAUAUCAUGGAAAAUGAGAAAGAGGAGAUGAGACUGACAAGAGAGAACGUCAAGGGCAUCAUUUUGGAUAUUUUUGGAGGGGGAACAGAAACAUCUGGUACCGCAGCAAUAUGGGCAGUAGCGGAGCUAAUUAACCACCCAAACAUUAUGGAGAAAGCGAGACAAGAGAUCGAUUCUGUAGUGGGAAAGGACAGACUUGUGGAAGAAUCAGAUAUCGCAAACCUUCCUUAUCUUCAAGCCAUUGUUAAGGAGAUACUUAGGCUUCAUCCUCCUGGCGCAUUAAUCGCUAGAGAAUCUACAGAAGAUUGCACCAUUGGAGGUUAUCACAUUCCUGCAAAGACCCAACUAUUUGUUAACCGUUGGGCUAUUGGAAGGGACCCAAACUACUGGGAGAACCCACUUCAGUUCUUGCCCGAGAGAUUCCUGAGAGAAGAUGGGAGUCUAAAGAGUCACUUGGAUGUAAGGGGCCAACAUUUUCAUCUGCUGCCGUUCGGGAGUGGAAGGAGAAUUUGCCCUGGAGUUUCACUAGCACUGCAGGUAAUUCAGACAAGCCUGGCUGCUAUGAUCCAGUGUUUUGAAUGGAGGGUUGGUGAUGGAGGAAAUGGAAAUGUUGAUAUGGAAGAGGGGCCUAACGCAGUCCUUGUACACCCUUUGAUUUGUGUCCCAGUGGCUAGGGUCAAUCCAUUUCCUAAAUAUACAAUGUAAACAAAGUGAACCUAAAUGCUAGGUUGGUUGGCGAAAAAUAUGUAUGUUUUAAGAUUUCAUUUCUACAUGAAAUAUGUUAUAUCAAGCUCUUUCAAUUUG